AUGAACGAGUCACUCAUGAUAAUCGGUGCAAUAGCCGCCAUGUCACUGGUUCUUUGUAGCGUCGUAGCCUAUCGCCUCAGCUCCUUAGCGGGCGAUGUCGCGUUGCCGGAUACCGUCCUGUCGAAGGACAAUAGCUCGCUGGAGGAGGAUUUUAAAGACAUUCUACAGUUCAUGCCUCUGGCCGCGAUACAAUCGAUCGUCAACCAUUAUCUCAAGUGCGAUCCGCAGAUCGACAACACCGUGAGCUUCAUCGAGGAUCAGAAGAAGUAUAUCGCCCGAGAGUUCCAGCGAAUGCCGCAACUGGCUCGUCUCGCGAGCUUCUUGAGGGAGAACGGCUUGGAGAUCGAUAAUUGGUACGAUAAAAUUCAACAUCUCUGGAGGACGAGGACCACUUUCGCUAAUUCGGAUCCGAGCGCCACCACAGGCGGCCUGAGCGUGAUGAUUCACAGGAUCCUGAACACCGUGCCGCAGGAUCAACUGCACAAACUGCUGCGGCGAAAAGUGAAAUGUUCCGGUAGCUUCCGCAGAUUUCUGCAAGCGCUCAGGUCCAAGGACUUUGUGGACCUGCGCGACAGCGCCGAGAAAAAUAUCGUGCUGCAGCAACACGUCUUCUGGGCGCGGCAAGAGUCUAUCGAGAUCACAUUCGCCUUGGAGUUGCUCAACAACUUCUACGUCUACGUAACGGAAGAAAUCGAAUAA